AUGAAGAAAACAAUUGCACUCUUUGGUUCCCUGUGCCUGCUGCUUUCAUACAGCAGCGUGUCGUCUGAAAAGUUAGGCAUUCAGAAGAAGAAAAAUAAUCUGGAGCAGGAUGCCAUUCACAUGUUGAUGAAGAAGCUGGAGAGUUUGUACAAACUGAGCGCGACGGAUAAUGGAGAAGUCUUUAACAAAGAAAUUGAGACUUUGAAAAAACAGAUUGACCAGCUGCAGCAACAAGGGGGCGUAAACGAAGGGGAAAGUCUAGGUCACCUCCUAGAGAGCGAUGCCGCAGAUGAGUCCACCAAGAAGACCAUUUUUGGAAUGGACGAAGACGACCUGGAUAACUACGAUGCGGACUUCACAGGACAGAGCAAGGGAAAAAUUAAGGGGCAGUCAAGUAAGUAUCAGAAGAAAAUAACCGGAAAUGAUGAAACCUCGGGGCAAGCAUCCGGUACGGCAGGGCAAUCCACGGGUAAUCCAGCUAGCAGUGCGCCAUCAGGAAAUGAGACUUCCCAGGGUGCUCAAGCCUCAAGUGGUCCCAGUCUUAAUACAGGAGCAUCAGCAGGCACAACAAGCACGACAGGCACACAAACUUCAAGUCCAUCAAGUCAGGGUACUGUCACAGGUGGAGCACCACAACAAGGUAGAAUUGCACCCUCCACAGCUACUCAUGGAGCAGGAAACCAAAAUGCAGCACCAUCUGUAGGCGGUCAUGAGGGACAUGCUCCACAUGGACUCACCCCGGAAGUGAAGUACCUGGACAAGCUGUACGACGAAAUACUUAAAACGACAAACUCGAACAACGGAAUUCACGUCCCCGAUUUCCACAGCAAGUAUAAUGACUUUAGAAAGAAGUACGAGUUUACCAUGAAUGAGCAGGAGUACCAAAUUGUGAAAAACCUGUUUGACGCCUUCUUCAAGGAGGGAAAUUCAAAUGGCAAUGGCGCCAUUGCGUUCUUCAAAAAACUGUUGAAUGACAAUGGGUUACAAAAACAGUUUGACAAUUUUCAGCAUGGCCUCUACGGAUUUGCAAAACGCCACAACUACUUGAGAGCAGAUAAAAACGAUAAUGAAAAGCUGUACAAAGAUCUUCUGAACAAUAUUAUAAAUUUGCUGAACACGAUUGAAAUGAAGUGA